UGCAUAUAUAGAAGAUGAAUCUUGGAGGAAGGAGGUUACCGGCGGGCGAGCUAGCAGACUCUGCUUUAUCAGCUCGUGGCUGCACUCAGCUGAUCUCUGGACUCUCAGAUUGAGCAACACAAUAAGAGACAGGCAGCUCCAAAAAUCAGUCAGCAACAAAGGCAGGGCAGGAGGAAGAUUUCAAGAAAGUCACAGAAUAGCAACAAAAAAAAAAAAAAGCGCAGGCCAGAGAGUGUGAGGAGGGAGCAGCAGCAGCUCAAACAGACAGAAACAACAGAGUUAAACAUUGAUAGAGGCCCUUUGAGGUAUAAUGGUGGACAAGAGUUUUUAUCUGGGGUUUUGGGGAGGAGUAUGAAGGAUUUGAGAGGACAGGGGGAGUCAGAGGCAGGGGUCUGGUGGAGAGUAAUUGUGGUGACAGCCAGUGCAAAGGGACCAGCAUUCAUGUGAGACACAGUGGAAUUAAAAGAUAAAAAGACAGAGAGAAGGACCAGAGGAGGACCGACGGACCCCAAACUGGACUUGAGUAUGGGUGUAAAGAGUAAAGCUGCUGCAGCUAUCUUAGUCCUGCUGCUGUUCCUCGGCUCACUGUGGCUACAGGGAGGUUUGGAUUACCACUGGGAUACUUGCUUAAAAGGUUAUAAUCAAGUGAAUAAGUUCCACCAGCUGUCCAACAGCAGCGGGGCUGAUGCAGCUGAGGGCCCCCGCAUCCUGGAGGGGUGCCCCGGUCAGACCUUCCAGGUGUCGAUGCUGCUUACCCACCUGCUGGCUGCACCGGCUUACAGCUCCGACGUGCUGCUGCAACCCUAUCUGUCCAGCUGGGAUGAGCUUGUGAAGUUCAUGGAAUCUCUCGGUCCAAUGGUGGGACUGAUAUCUAAAGAGAUAGAGACUAAGACAUCUGUGAUCCGCCAACUGGCCCUGCUGGCCGAGGAGAACCCCGAAGCAGAGCUAAGCCCAGAUGUACACUCGAUAAACUCUGGGAACACAGAUGUUGGGACAAAGAAUAACGCAGAGGCCUCAGGGCAUGCUAGUGCUUACCACUCUGUGCGCUCCAUGAUCUGGGUGGAGCUGAACCGAGGCCUGGUGGACUUUCACCACCAGACGGACUCUGGAUGCAGGACUCUCCUGCGGCUUCAUCGCGCUCUGCUUUGGCUGAAGCUCUUCCUGGAGAAGCUGGCUGAGACGCCGGUGGCCGGCCGGCUCAGGAGCCCCUCAGAGCUGUGCCGCGAGGCCUACCAGAGAACCCUGGCCAACUACCACACCUGGUUUGUCCGCAGGGCUGCAGAGCUGGCCUUCAUAGCCAUGCCAGAGCGGGGUUUCUUCUUCAGGCUGGUGUGUGUGCAGAACCAGGACCAGCUGAGCACAAUGCUGACCAGAGUGGUUGAGGCUAUUGAGGAGGUUUAUAACAGGACACAGAAAGCCCUAGAGGAAAAUGGCAUGCUGGACUUGCCAUAAGAAAGGCGACUAUCAGACUGGACAUCCAGCCUCUGCUGCUGUUUCACCAUGUUUUGCACUGUCCUCGUGCUAUCCUCGGCACUACACAUUCGAAAACCAAGUUUUACUGCAAAAACAAGGUCUAAACUUGUCAAGGAAACAUGAAUGGACUUGAUUUUUUUCUUUUAGCCAAAACUUACAUGUGCCAUGCUGUCCCUGCCGACCAAAGUGCUGUUUUCAACAAACAACUGACAUAAAAAGUCAGUUUCCGCCUGACAUUCCUCAUCAGAUUUUAUGAAAUUAUGUCUCAAUUUCUGCUCACCUUAGAGGCAGCUGAUAAUGUAUUUAGACUGUGAAUUAUUUAAGCAUGUGGGCACAGUAGCGUGAAUACAAUGAAUACAAUCACCUGUGCUGCAACAUGUCCAAGAGGAGGUAAUCUUGGAGUGUAUCAGAAAAUAUGGGAUCAUGUUUUUUGUGCCUGCACCCACCCAUAUGUAAUUGCAAUUAUUUUUUCCUAUACUGAAAAUUACUGCAGUUCUGAGUGUAGUUAAUGCUUGAUGAUUUAGUAUGCUACCUCAUUACCAGACAGAUGUAAAUGCCUUGCAGCCCAAAAUCUCCAUGGGACCAAUCAAUUCUAAUCAAAGAGGUAUUACACAAAAAAAAUCAAUAUGAGCUGAACAAAGGACAAUAUGGUGUUUUACAGUAAGAGCUGUGUCGAGCAUUAUUUUGUCAGUUUUACACACAUUGGAAUUUUUUUUUUAUCAUGCUCAGAAUGAUUAAAUACCUGUUUACAAAAGA